CAAAGCCUCAGUUGCCAAUAUCAGCUCUCUCCCUCUCCACCAUCAAAGCCUGAGUUGCCAGAGGAAGCUGAGAAGAGGAAGAAGAAGAGAGGAGAUGGCAACCAAGCAAGAGGAGCAGCAAACUCAGGGUGGUCGCCACCAAGAGGUUGGCCACAAGAGUCUCCUUCAGAGCGAUGCCCUCUACCAGUACAUCUUGGAGACAAGUGUGUACCCAAAAGAACAUGAGGCCAUGAAAGAGCUCAGAGAAGUUACUGCAAAGCAUCCCUGGAACAUCAUGACCACGUCAGCGGAUGAAGGGCAGUUUCUCAACAUGUUAUUGAAGCUGGUUAACGCAAAGAAGACGAUGGAGAUUGGUGUCUAUACUGGCUACUCGCUGCUUGCAACCGCUCUUGCUCUGCCCGACGAUGGAACGAUUUUGGCCAUGGAUAUCAACCGUGAGAACUAUGAACUUGGUUUGCCGGUCAUUCAGAAGGCCGGUGUUGCGCACAAGAUCGAUUUCCGAGAAGGCCCGGCGUUGCCGGUCCUUGACCAGUUGAUUGAAGAUAAAAACAAUCAUGGAUCGUUCGAUUUCAUCUUCGUGGACGCCGACAAGGACAAUUAUCUGAACUACCACAAGCGGCUGAUCGAUUUGGUGAAGGUUGGUGGCGUAAUGGGUUAUGACAACACCCUCUGGAACGGAUCGGUGGUGGCGCCGCCGGAUGCACCACUAAGGAAGUAUGUGAGAUACUACAGAGACUUCGUUUUGGAGCUCAACAAGGCAUUGGCUGCAGAUCCUCGCAUCGAGAUCUGCCAACUUCCGGUUGGUGAUGGCAUCACUCUCUGCCGACGUCUCUACUAGGCCUAAAAGGACAGCCACCAGUCUUGCUGCUCUCUGCUUGGCCUUCCUGCAACUUCUGCUAUAUCUUUGUAAUUUUUUCGUUCUUUUUGCUUUCUUCCUUUGGCUUGUGGGAUUUGAAACAAUGUUGGAAUGAGGCAUGGCGCGGCAAGCCAACAAAUCCCCAUCUAAAAGAUUACUGGUUUAGAAGUUCUUGUUAUUUUUCAUGAAAUGUUAAAUCAAAGCUGAAGUAAUACAGCCGCAUUUUAUAUGAGAAUCGAAUGUCUAUUCUGGUGUGCAA